AUGGGUUCAACAAUGCAGUUUCCCCGCAUCAAGGAGAUCCGCACCUUCGUCAUUGACGGUGUCGGCUCCGGCGGUGAUUAUCACAACGUCAAAGGCGGUCACUGGCUGAUCGACAGCAAUAUUUCUACUCCUAUGUCCAAGUGGCCGCAGUACCGCGGCUCACGUACUUCCUGGGGUAUUAACGUGUUGGGAUCUUUCUGCGUUGAGAUUGAGGCCACCGAUGGUACUAAGGGUUUUGCGACUGGCUUCGGCGGUCCUCCUGCUUGUUGGCUUACCCACCAGCACUUCGAGCGCUUCCUGAUUGGAGAAGACCCCCGCGACACCAAUAGCCUAUUCGAAAAAAUGUACCGCGGCUCAAUGUUCUAUGGUCGUAAAGGUCUGCCCACCGCCGUGAUCUCGGUCAUUGACUUAGCUCUCUGGGAUCUUAUUGGCAAAAUUCGCAACGAGCCCGUCUACAAGAUGAUCGGUGGUGCUACCCGUGAGCGCUUGAACUUCUACUGCACUGGACCGCAGCCAGCGUCCGCGAAGGCCGCAGGUUUCAUUGGAGCCAAGGUUGCUCUGCCCCAUGGCCCUGAUGAAGGUACCGAGGGUCUGCUGAAGAACGUCGAAUACCUGCGUCUGCAGCGUGCUAGCGUCGGGCCCGACUUCCCACUGCGUGUCGACUGCUACAUGUCCCUCACUGUCCCCUACACCAUCGAGCUGGUCAAGCGCUGCGAGGCUAUCGGCCUGAACAUUGACUGGUGGGAGGAGUGUCUUUCGCCCGAUGAUUUCGACGGCCACGCUCUUCUGAAACGUGCUCACCCUACUGUCAAGUUCACCACCGGUGAGCAUGAAUACUCCCGAUAUGGCUUCCGCAAGCUCGUCGAGGGCCGUAAUCUCGACAUUAUCCAGCCUGAUGUUAUGUGGCUGGGUGGUAUGACUGAGCUCCUGAAGGUCUCUGCUCUCGCCGCUGCGUACGAUGUCCCUGUCGUACCCCACGCUUCAGGCCCUUACUCCUACCACUUUGUCGUCUCCCAGAGCAACUGCCCCUUCCAAGAAUAUCUGGCCAACUCCCCGGAUGGCAAGACCGUUUUGCCAGUCUUCGGUGAUCUCUUUUUGAAUGAGCCUAUCCCUACUAACGGGUACCUCGAUGUUGCCAUUUUGGACAAGCCUGGAUUUGCCUCUGCUCUCCUCACUCCUGCGCCGCAGAAGGCCCUCCGUGCUCCCGAGGAGCAAGCUAAUGGCACAAGUGCUUAG